CCACCACUAUCAACAACGAACCAGAUGGUUAUAAAAAGCCCAUCAUGGAUUUCUGUGAAGUGGAGGUUGACGUGUGUAGCAAUGGUACUUUCGGGGCUGACUGUGACAACUACUGCCACUGUGACAGCGAGGUGUGCGACUACGUGAGCGGAGUCUGUCCUGGUGGCGUCUGUCUACCUGGUUGGGCAACAGAAACGUGUGAGACAGCAUGUGAAUUUGGCCGCUAUGGAGCAAACUGUAGUCACAAUUGCCCAAAUAGGAACUGCAAGGGAGACAACUCUAGCUGUGACCACGUGACAGGGGAGUGUGUUGGAGGCUGUUUGACAGGAUGGAAUGGCACAGACUGUACCCAGAAAUGCUUACAUUCGUAUGGCGACGGCUGUUCCAAACGGUGCUCUGAGAGGAAGUGCAACGAAACCUCGCAAGACAACUGUGAUCACGUGACCGGGGAGUGUGACAGAGGUUGCAUCCCCGGAUGGAAAGACACUGACUGCACAGAAGCCUGUAUCCACGAAGUGGAGUAUGGCAGUGGAUGUGUGGGUAACUGCAGUACCCGGACGUGUGAAGGAGAGAAUGACACCUGUCCCCGGGACACAGGCCGAUGUGAGUCAGGAUGUCAGCCAGGGUGGAAAGGAGAAGACUGCACUCAAGUGUGCAGUUUUGGUACAUUUGGUGUCAACUGUACUGGAGUUUGUGGUCAGUGUCUUGACCUCAACGCCUGUCAUCAUGACAACGGUACCUGUCUGACUGGAUGCAGUGACGGAUGGACUAACCACGCCUGUACAGAGAAGCUUGUUGAAGUACCCCCGACGGAUGCUGGAGUCAUAGCAGGGUCUCUCGCUACCGUCAUUGUUGCGGCAGCCAUUGUAAUUGUGGCUGUGGCCAUCGUCAGGCGAAGACGACGUGAUAAUAAGAAGUCUCAAAACCACUCAAGUAUGGUCCAAAUACAGACAGAGGACAACCAAGAGACGGGAGUGGACAACCCUGUAGCUGUCCUUGGGGAGGAUGAGGGCGAUGUGGAGGAGGACCUCAGUGCCACAUACUACAACAUGGGGAGUGCUCCUGCAGUGACGGUGGUGUCUGUAGAUCAGCUGGGGGAGCGGAUGAAGGAGCUGCAGGUGCCCGCCGGGGGAUUCCAGGCCGAGUAUCAGAAAUUACCCACUGCCUUCACCAAAUCUUACAAGCAUUCUCAGCAACCAGAAAACAAGGGAAAAAACAAAUAUAUUAGUUAUUAUCCUUAUGAUGCCACUCGGGUCCUGUUGAAGGAGCUCCCAGACCAGCCUGGUUCCGACUACAUCAAUGCCAGCUUCAUCGAUGGCUACUCUCGACCCAAGGCGUAUAUAGCAGCCCAAGCCCCCAACAAGAUGACACUGAAUGACUUCUGGAGGAUGAUCUGGGAAUAUAACUGUACAAGAAUCGUCAUUCUAACAAAUCUCAUGGAAAUGGGGAAGGUGAAGUGCCAGGCGUACUGGUCAGAUACAUCGGACAUACGUACAGAUAGCUUCACUGUAGCUGUGACAAACAUCAGCAAGCGGGCACACUGGGUCGUCAGGGAAUUACACGUCACACAGAAAGAGACAAACACAACACGAUGUUUCCACCAUUUCCACUUCACAAUGUGGCCGGACCAUGGAACUCCUGAGGAGACGGCCUUCACUGAGUUUCUGUGGCUGGUCAGGACGUCAUACAACACCAAGGACGACCAUCUACUGGUACACUGCAGUGCUGGGGUCGGCCGGACAGGGACUUACAUCGCCGUGGACUACCUGCUGGACCAGGCUCUGGCUGAAGAUAGGGUGAAUGUGUUUGGUUGUGUCUCGAGGAUGAGAGACCAGAGGAAGGGCAUGGUACAAACCAAGGAGCAGUACAAGUGUGUUUACAUUGCUUUGUAUGAAGCUCUGGAAUAUGGAAACACAGCAAUGGAUGUGGAGGAAUUCAGUGGAAUUAGAAAUGUGAAAAAGGUGUUCUCAAUGGGAUGUAUGACAAUACCAAAGUUUAUACAGAUUCUGAACAGCCAAAGAAAAACACAGCCCAAAGCAGGAACCAGUGUAAAGGGCCGUGUAUGGAUCAAUGGACGUUCAGACGUACUGGCUGUGAUGACACCGUCGCAUCUGUCGAUGAAUGGCUACCUGUUAACGGAGGCUCCAUCCGUCACCACAGCGUCUCUGUUCUGGAAACUCACAGAGGAGCAGGAGUCUUCCACUGUCGUCGUCCUGCCACACUCGCACCAGCGUCUGUCCAGUUUUGUGCCAUCCGAGGGUGACAGUCUGGAUCUGAGUCCCGUCAAUGUCAGAUGUUCCACCGAGAACACCAUCAACCCUGACAUCGUGCUCAGGAAGAUUCACAGGCAGAUAGAGCAUUCUACACCUACACUGGUGCACGUGUACAUUUUGAAAAAGUCGCCACAAGAAUCAUCAGAAACUGUACUAAGCCUCCUGGAUCAAAUCGCCGUUCACUCAAGUGACCACAGUGCAACAAAUCCAGUUACUAUCGUGUACCAAGACCACAGACAGGCGAGCGUCGUGUUGUGCAUCCUAAAUAAUAUUGUCCAAGGUUUGAAGCAUGACAAACGCGCUGAGAUCUACAACAACAUGAGGACUAUGACCCACUGUCUGGACCAGGACAUCACACAGGCUGACGUUGCCCUGUGUUACGACGUCGCAGCAGCGUACCUAGAGUCCCAGACCAUCUACACCAACAUGUGAUGAACUCCCUCUUACCAUUACUGAUGCAUGCAGAACCGAGAAGGUCUUCACUAGGACUGGCUGGAUUUUCACAAUAGAAUAUGUUUUUUUAAUAAUUUGUUAUAAUAUGUGUGCACUAAGAAGUUACGAUUUGUUCUUAGGUAUCAGCUUGUUAUAUUUACUGUUAUGUGAAAUCCUGUUCCACUGAAUCCAAUUUUUGAAUUAUAUAGGUGUAUAUUUGUGAUUUACAUGUAUGUGUAAAUACUUUUAAAAAAUAUGCAUAACCAAUCGGGAUAAGAUUUUACCAUUAUAUGAAUAGAAUUUGAAGCCGCAUGUAUGUGUAGUACCUUAACAUCGUCUAUCCAUAAGCCCACAGCAGGCCUUGAUUAUUUCCGUUUGCUGAAUAGCUGGUACUUUGGUGUUUGUCACAAUCUUUAUCAUAUUCGACAUGUAUAUGAUAACAACUCUGACCAAUAUCUGACCAUACUACAAAAGAAUGUCAUACACGUACUUAACGUAAGUCAGUGUUGUAGGACAUGUUUGAAUAAUGGUUAACGUAAUGACAGUAACUUCUCUCUGUAUUGCUAAAUUGCAGCAAACAUGUCAAGGGCAUAAACAAUAUAACUGCUUUAUGAAACCCCAUUACAGAUAUUUUCGUUCUAUUAGAAUGGUGUCAACACUGUUCACUGUGUGGUUGUAGUACGAUUAGUGCUUAGCUAAAUAUUUCAACUGGAAAUUUGUAAAGAUAUAAGUUAUCUUGAGUAACGUUAUGAAAUAAAAUCAAUACAUUAUCGCUAGACCACUAAAUGCUGUGUUUUAAACUGUUCCGCGUCCAUGAUAGCGUCACCAUGGUUUAACUUGUUAAGUAGAAAAUAUAUGUGUACUGAUCACACCUGCACUAAACCAGGGGUGAUUCCAUAAUCAUAUUUACAUAAAAGAAGAAUGCGAAUGCUAUUUGAUAUUAUUCAAGACACAACGAGAGCUUUACACAUACGCUUACAACAACGUUAUUCGCGACCCUUAAAUCGAGAUGACCGUAUAUUUAUCCAUGAAACAACAUAUGGUAUGCAUAUAACAACAUGCACCGACGAAGCUUGUCAUUAAUAUCUAUAGCUGUACUUGUGGUUACAUGAACAGUCUUGAGAUGUUAAACUGUGAAAACCUUACACUACUAUAUAUCAUGCAAUGUCUAUCAAUGAUCCUAAUUCUAAUGUUAUCUAA